AUGUAUUCGGCCAAGAUGGGGUCACUCUCGCUCUUCUUCAACCUGCAGGGCAGCUUCGUCUCCGCUCUGUUGGGAGUGCCAUACGGCUAUGACAUGAUGACAGCAGUCAAGGUCGCCGAGGACUCAGGCGUGCAUGUGUCACCAGGACUUUGCUCUCUUGGGAGUGCCAUACGGCUCUUGGGAGUGCCAUACGGGUAUGACAUGAUGACAGCAGUCAAGGUGGCUGAGGACUCUGGUGUGCGCGUGGCGCUCGUCGAUAGGUCCUCCUUCCUCACGCUCAUUCGACUCAUCGACCAGACUCGCCGAAUUCCCUCAUCUCCUCCUCCCAUCGAGGAGCGUGGCAGCAAGGAGGGGCGCAAGGCGCGCUUUGAGCGGGUGAAGCGGCAGAUGGUGCAGAGGGCGAGGGACGCCGGGUGCGAAGAGCCAGCAGCCACUUUCGACUCAUUCGUCACCGUCCUCGCCACCGCAUUCAAAGGCAAGGAGAUCCCUAUUCAUGACUUUCUCCGUGUGCGCUCCUGCGUCAUUCCCUACAGGCCAUCCUCACGUCUCUCUCUUUCCACUCUCUCGCCCUCCUCACCAGGCAAGGAGAUCCCUAUUGACGACUUUCGUCGUGUGCGCUCCUGCGGCCGCCGGGUUGUCGAAACCUUCUGCCACUCAGCCAUCCACCACUCCCUCCUGCCCCGUGCUGUCGCCGCCCUGCGAUGUUCGCCGCGUGUGGUUGUGCUGCUUCCCCUAUGGACCACACCUGCGCGUCUCCUUCUCUCAGGUCUCCCUUGCCCCACUCUCCCCCCUUUCUAUCGCUCCCUCCCCUCCAGGCAAGGAGAUCCCCGCAAGGAGAUCCCAAUUGACGACUUUCGCCGUGUGCGCUCCUGCGGCCGCCGGGUCGUCGAAACCUUCCGCCACUCCGCCAUCCACCACUCCCUCCUUCCCCCCGCCGCCGCCGCCGCCUUCACCCCUCCCUCUCCUCUCUCUGCUCCUGCUGAUACUCCUGCCGGAGGGAGCAUCGGAGAGGUUGGGGCAGCAGCGUCGCAAGGAGGGUCUCAGACAAGCCAGGGCGGUGUGAGCCCGUGGUGUCCCAGGCGGCAUGUGAGGGAGCGGGUGCCGAUGGAGGCGGUGGUGCGGAGUGCCAUAGACACCGACCUGCCUCCUGCCAUUGUCUCUGAGAGAGACUUGAUCCUCGCCCAGAGCAGUCGGAACAACCAGAGCAGGCAGGGCAGUGUGAGCCCGUGGUGUCCCAGGCGGCAUGUGAGGGAGAGAGUUCCGAUGGAAGCAGUGGUGCGAAGUGCCAUAGACACCGACCUGCCUCCUGCCAUUGUCACAGAGAGGGACCUCAUCCUCGCCCAGAACAUUCGCAAGUGCACGGCAAUCGGCCCGACAGUAGCCGUGGUGGGAGCAGGCCACAUCCCCGGCAUCACCCACCGCUGGAACGACGCUCUCUCCCCCUCCUCUCGCAUGGAAGUCAUCUCCUACCUCCUCCCCCCCAGCAUCUCCCGCCAAAUCUCCCCCGAUCUCCCCUCCUCCUCCUCCUCUUCCUCUUCCCCCGACAACGCAACCAGCCCCGACGAGCCCCGUUUCACCUUCCCGAUAACCGAUUCCUUUCGCACCGCAGCCGAAGCUACCCCUCCCGUGAAACCCAACGGCCGUCCCGACUUCUCCGAGUUCCCUUCUCCUCCGAAGCUAGGGCCGCUGGUGAUAGCAGCGGGGCUGCUGGGUCUCUCCUUCUACCGUCCGCGUGCAGCGAUGUUCAUCGGUGUGGGGUUGGGAUCGGGGAUCGUAGCGUCUCAGCUGCUGGUUGCGAGUGCGCUGGCCAAGGCGGGCCGGGUGGUGGGGGCGAUAGAGGACGCUGGGAGGAGACUGGGGGAGGAGGAUGGUGCUGAAGCACUGUGGUGA